ACUAUCGUCAUUAGUAUAAUCGCGUGCUCGUGUCGCUUCUAAUUCAACUUGGCGUGUUUCGUUUAGUAGUGGCUAUCAAAUUGCAGUGAAAGUCGGUUCAGUGCUAUACCUACAAAGAAACCCUCGUUUAAGAACAAUAUGCUAUCGACAAGCAAUCGCGCCAAGAGUCUUCUGCUGCCACGUCUUCGCGAGGUACAAAGUUGUGCAAAUUUGAUUAACGGCAAGAUGCCCUGCCCGUUUUUGGCGAAGCUCAGCUCGAACUACGUGCACAAUUAUGCACCGGAAUUGGUGAAGAUGUACGGGAAGCAUUGCCCCGUCAUGUCGCGGACGUUGAGCAGCUGGCUCGGGUCGGAAACGACCCCGAAAUCAGAACCGAUUAGCGAAAGCAAACAAGAAACCAAGUGUCCAUUUUUGUCCGAGGUGAAAGUAGCAAAAGUUGACCAAGAUGAAACGAUCGAAGUAACUAACCAAACUUCAACAAAAGGCUCGUUUUCCUACGACCAGUUUUUCCACGAUCAAAUAAUGCGCAAGAAGAAGGAUCACUCCUAUCGAAUAUUUCGAAAGGUCAAUCGUCUGGCGGGUCCCGGCCAGUUUCCGAACGCGAUGGAGUACUCGUCCGGCGAGAAGCCGAUAACCGUCUGGUGUUCGAACGACUACCUCGGCAUGUCCUGUCAUCCCGAAGUGAAGACCGCCGUUCGCGAGGCGCUGGACAAGUUCGGCGCCGGAGCGGGCGGUACGAGAAACAUCUCCGGCAACUCGAUGCUGCACGAAAGCCUGGAGGAGCGACUGGCGAAGCUGCACCAGAAGGAGGCGGCGCUGCUGUUCACCUCGUGCUUCGUCGCGAACGACUCGACGCUCUUCACGCUGGCGAAGUCUCUGCCGGGUUGCCAUAUUUUUUCGGAUGCCGGCAACCACGCCUCCAUGAUACAGGGGAUACGAAACAGCGGGGUGCCGAAACAUAUUUUUAGGCAUAACGAUCCGAGGCAUUUGGAGCAGCUGCUGAUGACCGUCGAUCGCGAUGUGCCCAAAAUUGUCGCGUUUGAAACUGUACAUUCCAUGACCGGUGCCGUUUGCCCAUUGGAGGAGCUGUGCGAUGUCGCGCAUGACUACGGAGCGCUCACUUUUGUCGAUGAGGUGCACGCAGUGGGGUUGUAUGGUGAUCACGGUGCGGGGAUCGGGGAACGCGACGGGCAGCUGAGCAAGAUGGAUAUGAUCUCGGGCACUUUGGGGAAGGCGUUCGGCAACGUUGGAGGCUACAUUGCUGCCAAUGCCAUUCUGAUCGACAUGAUCCGCUCGUACGCCGCCGGUUUUAUAUUUACAACUUCACUGCCGCCGACCGUUCUAUCGGGUGCUCUCAAAGCAAUUAACAUCCUCGCCUCGGAUGAAGGUCGCGAGUUACGUAGGCGUCACCAGGAGAACGUGAAGUACCUACGCAACUCGCUUCUGAGCCGUGGAUUCCCCGUGGAACACACGCCUAGUCACAUAAUUCCGAUCAAAGUCGCCGAUCCCUUCCAGUGCACAAUGAUCUCCGACCGCCUCCUCAGAAAGGGCCACUACGUGCAGGCGAUCAACUAUCCGACCGUCGCGCGCGGGGAGGAAAAGCUGAGGUUAGCGCCGACGCCGCAUCACACCGAAGCUCUCAUAAACGUCUUGGUCGACGACAUGGAAGUCGUUUGGAGGGAACUGGAGCUGCCACUGACCGGCCCGCAGUGUUCCAAGGAGUGCGCCUUUUGCCGCAAACCCAUCAUGUUUGACUACUUCGAAGAUCGCAACACGCGAAGCGGUUGUUCCAAGGAGCUCUCUUGCGACAUUCCAAAUUGUCCUCAAAUGAUUGCGACAUGUUAAACGAAAAGUAUCCUCAUUUUACCAGUUAUAGUUUUUAUUGUAAUUAAUAAUUUUAUCUGGAUCUGUUGUUACUAAAAUGGGAAAUAUAUGGUGUAGUGUCUC